GUGGGAAGAAUGGUGGAAUUGACAGUUGUUGAAUGGUCUCAUUCAACUCUUCCCAACUGUUAUCCCGACACACCCAAUUAGCCCAGAAAAUUAAUUCGGUGGGGAAGAAAUCGCCCAACAAAGAAACUCAGAGGAAGAAGACGAAAAGGGGGAUUUUCAAAAAUUAAAUUGCGAUGAUACAGAUCAUAGAUCGGAGCUCCUUGCUGUUUCUCUCAUGUUUAUUGUCUUCCUUAAUCCCAGGGUUGGCGGACACCUCAGCUGCGUCAAAUUCAUCUAACCAGAAGGAUUCGAGCAAGAAAUCGUCUGGAGGUUCCACGUGGUUGGAAGUCCUCCUCGUAUGUCUCGGCCUUGUAGCCGUGGGGGCGUUUUCCGUCUUCUUAUUCAAGCUGUGGCAAAGGAAGAAGCGAGAGGAGCAACACGCCCGCCUCCUGAGGCUUUUUGAGCAGGACGACGAGCUUGAAGUCGAACUUGGCAUCCGGGAUUGAGCUUCAUUUUUUUUAUCUCCUAGGUUUUGACACUUUGCAAUGUCGUUCAAUCUGAAACGAGGAUGGGAGAUAUCAUUAGACAAAAUAUUGAAAAACUAAAUUUUAAAAAUUAAUGUUCAUAUUUCCAUGUCA